AUGGGUGGACCACAGAAAGUGCUCCUUCAAAUUGAGGAGAGGAUAUUGGAGUACAGAGACGAGAGCCAGCUAUUGGACCAGUGCAACAUACUAUAUGAUUCUUCGGUUUUUAAUAAUGCUUUUGAGCUUAACGCCAGCUAUAUUGUUAACUAUGGAAAAACAAAAAACGACUCUACAAGAGCUCAUGAUAUGUUGAGAAACACAGAAGUUGCCGUUGGGUCUUUUAUGAUGCUACGGCCCAGGUUUCUCCACCAGAAUCAAGGAGCAACUUCCACUCAAACAUCAGGCGGCAGUCAAGCUGCCGUAAAUGCUAUGGUGCAGGUGUAUGACUUUUACAGCGGGCUACCAAAGAAACCUUCACCCUUUUUGCAACAAACAGUCACUAGAUUUGAGAAGUAUUUGUCCGAGUGCCUUGAGUGGAUUGAAGAAUUGGAGCAGUUGCUACUCAUAGGUUCUGAAAGAAACUCUUUGACUACGAGUUCUUCACUGUUGCAAUCCUUACCUAAGGUCUUAGACAAAUCCAAGGUCGAAAGCAUCCACCAAUCCAUGCGGGCGGCAUACGAACGCUGCCGGGGCGAAGAAAAUGACCCGUUUCUUGAGGCCGACCGCCGUGAGAUGACUAAGCAGGAGGCUGCAGCCCAGUGGGCCCACCCUACUCAGCAUUUUCCUUUGGCUCCUGUCGGACCAUCAACGUCAGUAAAUAUAUCGGCUGCUCUAUCGGCGUUAUCAACUCCUCUGUUCUCCACACCCACAUCAACAUCUGCCCCUUUCUCGUCUUUGCUUGGGACUUCCCAGUCGUCGCUUUCUACUUUCCUGUCUACUUCGGCUUCCCAGUUUGGUGGUUCCACUCCCUUGUUUGGUUCGACCCCUGCUUUUGGGGUCUCGACUUUUUCAACACCUUUUGCAACAGGCUCAGGAGCAAGCUUUGGGACUCUAUCAAAAGCUAGAGCAAAAAGUCGCCCUGGACGGGGCAUCUGCAUUGCGUACAUGUGCAUAUGGUUUUUGUCCAUUCUUAUGUUAUGGACCGAGCCCUGCAGGGGAGAAUGGAGUGAACCACUUUGGUCCACAAGUAGUUUUGGUGCUCUGCACGUCAGUAGGGUAAAAACAUGGGGAGGGACAAAAGUCCUUGAGUUUGUAAUCGAAGAUACCAACAUCAUGUCCACCGAUAUGUAUCCACUGUGGUGGCUCUGUGUAAUAAACGGAGUCUGGUUUCAGUCCAGGGUGGUCGGCAGCUGGGAGUGCAAACCCAUUGUUGGUACCAACAAAGAAUGCUAG